UUUCCUCAAUGUACCCUCUACUAGAUUUGAUUUGUAUGGUUAAUAAGAGAAUGAAAGAUAUUUGAUGGGUUUGGUAAAUUUUUAGUGUUUGCUGGGAAACGUACAAAUGGGAGAAUUGGCUUUGUUCCAGAAUUUACAUUCACAAGCUUCUGUUCCAGAAGUGAUAUGUCUGGAUGCUGAGGACUAUCUUGAUGACUUGCCAUUGCCUGAAUUGCAACAGCUUAUUGCUCAUGUGAACAUCAAGAAAAAUAAGUCUGGUCUGGAGGAGCAGAUUACAGAUGGAGAAUUGCUUCUACAGCAAACGGUCUUUUUGCUUAAAUGCCUCAAAGAGGAGGAGGAGGAGUACAUGGGUAUUACUCCUUCAGAUUUUAUUAAUGGUAUAUUGGAACACUUUGACAAGAGCAUUGCCCUGCCUGGAACUGAAGAAGAUUGUAAUGGGUUUCAAAAGAACAUUCCCAAAAUUGACUGGGAUUCUCUUGGACAAAAUGGUGCUCUUAUAUUUGGUGACAUUCAUUAUGGCUGCCCCACCAUGUAUGCUGUUUUUCUUCCUUCAAUGUCAAAAGAAAUGUUGGAUUUGGAAUUAGAAUGUAAGGAGCUUUACAAGGAAAAAAGUACGGACAAAGAGGUCAAAAGACUACACAGAAGAUUAUUGAAGGAAAAGUGUCUUGUGUUGGACAGACUACUUUUUGAGGAUUCAUCAUUUAGCAGGGCUGUAGAAAACCUUUUUGCAUUAUCUUUCUUGGUAAGGGAUGGCAAUGCACAGUUAACCAUCAGUGAAAAUGGUGACCAUGAAAUUGUUCCUAGGAAUGCUCCAACAGUUGAAGAUAGGUCAACAGGCUUUCAAGAUACACAGUUUGUAUUUCGUCUUGAUUACAAAGAAUGGAAGGAAAAACAGCAGAAAAUAGAAAACAUUGCAGAAAAAAGAAAGCGGACAGAUAUAGAAUCAUCUCUGCAAAAUGAUGUUAAGGGUAUGGAAAGCAAUGUUUCAGCAGCAACCCAUGAGCUAGAGAAGCGAAGGAAGAAAAUAAACCUGAAAAUCCUGGCACGUAGAAGAGGAGUUUAA